CCCUCCCUUCACAAACCAAUUAAGCAUUAUCCUCUUCCUUAAUUCUCCUAACAAAUUACAUUCCCAUCUUCCUCUUUUCCAGAGGACAAUCAAUAUUCACACAGAACAAGAAGUUUCUCUUCCUCAAGCUUUACCAUAGAAACUAAACAAAAGCAAUGGCGAACGCGGCGUCAGGGAUGGCAGUGGAAGACAACUGCAAGCUGAAGUUUUUGGAGCUAAAGAAAAGAACCUAUCGUUUCAUAAUAUUCAGGAUAGACGGGCAGCAAGUGGUGGUGGAAAAGUUAGGAAACCCCCAAGAGACUUACGAUGAUUUCACCGCUUCCCUCCCUGCCGACGAGUGCCGCUAUGCGGUUUUCGAUUUCGAUUUUACCACCAAUGAAAAUUGCCAGAAGAGCAAAAUCUUCUUCAUAGCUUGGUCACCGGAUUCAUCUAGAGUGAGGAUGAAGAUGGUGUACGCAAGCUCUAAGGAUAGGUUCAAGAGAGAAUUGGAUGGCAUUCAGGUGGAGUUGCAAGCCACUGAUCCUAGCGAGAUGAGUUUCGAUAUUAUCAAAAGUCGAGCUCUCUAGAUCUUUUCGUUGUUUUUCAUCAUCUAAGAUAUCAUCUUUCGUAUUUCUGAUAUUCCAAAAAAGAAAAAAACUGAAACAUUUUUCAGUAUUAUGUAAUUUCCUUGGUUUAAGAACUGAAUUGUUCAUCGUCGUUUUCAUUCAUAUAUUCACUUGUCUUUGUAAAUAAUGUAAUACUCCUGUUUGGGAGAAGUUGAACCCAUGUUGAGCAUGUUUGUGUAACAUCUCAAAUACUAAAUUAUUCU